AUGUCUACGUCAUCGUCAUCUAACGCUUCAGCCAAUACAGGACCCAAUCGCUUCCGUGGGGAUGCAGCUAGCUUUUCACCUAGUGCACACUCGCCAAGUGUCAUCAACCAACAAAUUCUUCAGCAGCAGAUACAGCAGCAACAGCUCUAUUCUCAAUACAUGUAUGCAAACGGAGGUUCUAUGAUACCGAAUCAGUUUUAUCAGUACAUGCCGCAAUAUGUGAUGCCGAAUAGUCCAACAGGAGCAGCUUUCCAUCCUGAGAUGGCAGCAGCCGCUUAUUACCCAUACAAUGGAUAUCUGAUGCCACCUCCUCAGCUAGCCUACAAGCAGCAUUUUGUGCCUAAUAUGAACGGUAAUAUGAACUUUAAUCAAAGGCCAAGGAGUGGCAAUCUUAAGAGAAACACAAGUAAGUCAACAAGUCCUGCUAAUCGGGCUUUAGGUUCGACCAGCCCUCAAAACAUAACGACAGAUAAUUCUGGUCGAUCAACACCUCUUUCAAAUGCUGCAGAAAAGAAGGAAAAGAAUUUGGAUAAUCAGCACCAGCAACAAAAUGAAACAAUUAAGAGAGCUAACGAAAAUGAUGAACCCACUAUAAUAAAUAAUAACGAAGAAAAAGACUUAAACGACGAUGUGCAAUUAACUUCAACCAAGAAUGCAAAUGAUAAGAUCCCAUUUUCAUGUCCAUUAUUUUUUAAUUCCAAUAGUAAAGAGUUUUCAGAGCAUCACGAAUCGGAGAUUCAAAAUAGAAAAGCAUUGAAUGAAGCAAAAUAUGAAAGGUUGAGAAAUUUGGUCAAAAGGCAAGUCGAUUAUGAUAAGGGCCUUUUAAUUGCCACAAGUAACGUACAAAUUGUCAACUAUAACUCUAACACUGUAACUAUCACCAAUCAAAAAUUUAAUCCAAAUGACGAUGAAAAACGUAAUGACUAUGUUUCUAUUAGUGGUAUUGAAGCAACAUCAUUUACACCAAAAUCAAAUAAUUGGGCAUCUGUUUUACAAUCAGCGCCUGUUAAGAAACCUAUCGCAAAGCAGAAAACUAGUUCAACAACUCUGGGUUCAAGUGUGGUGGCUUCAACUUCUUUGAAUAACCAAGUUCCUAAAACAGUUUCGCCCUUACUAAAGGGGUCUUCUAAUAAUACCAAUUUUGAUAUGAAUGGAGGUAUGGAACAGGCAUACCCCUUGGGUGUGCUUCUCUUGAAAAUUAUGCUUGAUCCAAGUUAUUCGGUGUUGAAUUCUGAGGUUACGUGCCCCGAAUUCAAAGUCCAGCCGCGAGGCUUGACUAACACUGGAAACAUUUGUUACAUGAAUUCGAUAUUGCAGAUUUUAUUGUUUUGUGAACCAUUCAACAAGCUUUUGAAGAUGAUCGAAUGUAGAUCUAUCGGAUCUCUCAAUCAAGUGUCAACAACUCCAUUAUUGGAUGCUACCAUUAAAUUUUUCAAUGAAUUUUUAAGCAAAUCAGGAGCAAGUAAGCCAUUAUCACCAGAACACUUUUAUUUAAAUUUAAUUGCACAUAAGAAAUUUCAACAUUUGAAGUGGGGACAACAAGAAGAUGCUGAGGAAUUCUUAGGGUAUUAUUUAGAUGGCUUAAACGAAGAGCUUUUACAUGCUCUUAAACUGUUAACUACUCCCACUGUUGACGAGCUUAUUCAAAGCUAUUCGAAUAGCAUCAAUGACCCUGUCAAAUUAAAGCAGUUAAGGUCGGAAAUCAAAAACACAAUGAAACUAGUCAAGAAGGCUGAUGAUGUUCCUAAGACAAAUGAAUCAAAUGAAAACGACUGGUCUGAAGUGGGCUCGAAUAAUAAAAAGAUAAGCAUAAAGAGAACAGUAGAGGUUGAGCCCACGCCAAUCGCCAACAUAUUUGGAGGUCAAUUCAAAUCUGUUUUGACCAUUCCAAAGUCAGCAAAUCAACAAGAAAAGUCAAUAACUAUGGACCCGUUUCAAAAUAUACAACUUGAUAUUUCAGGAUCAAGUUCGAUUGAAGAGGCAUUCACGAAAAUGAAUCAUUCGGAACAAAUAACGUUCAAUAAGUCCAACAAAGAAAUAUUAAUUAGCAAGCAAACAUUUAUUGACAAGACACCAAAUGUUUUGAUAAUUCAUUUGAAAAGAUUCAGCUAUCUAAAGGACAAAGAUACCAAAAUAGAGAAAAUCAAGAAGAAAGUCACUUAUGGGCAUCAUUUGACUCUUCCUCCUGAGAUUCUAUCGACUCCUAAUCUGUCUAAUUAUAGAUUGUUCGGUGUAGUGUAUCACCACGGCUCUAGUGCUGAAGGUGGACAUUAUACAUGUGAUGUAUUACGAAGCUCUAAUUUCAGGGAAGACGACGGAAGUGAAAGUGGCAAGCAAGAAGAAUGGAUUAGAAUCGAUGAUACAAGCAUUAGCACCAUAGGAGAAGACGAUGCCUUGGAUGGAGGAAGCGAAGAAAACACAAAAAAUGCAUACAUAUUAUUUUAUCAGAAGACAAAGGAGGCAUAA